AUGCUGCUCGCUGUAAAUGUGCCAAAGGAUAUCGAAACACUUACGGAUCGGAUAUUGGCCUCUGUGGACGGCGUGGUAGGCUCCGAGACCCUACUCGAGUUGAGCCUUGCUAUCUCUCGGGGUAAUUUACAGGCCGAACUGGACCCGUUGGCAGUUUUGAGCCCUCUGCUGUCGUCUUCGCGUGAAGGAGUAGACGCAGUUCUCGACUUACUGAGUCAAUCCGCCAGCGCUCGGGAGCUGACCGUGGCCGCGCAAGAACUAAUCGAAUAUCUUGCCAAUGCCGACGAAGAUGGUAGUGAUAACGAACUCAACGAGACACGGGCUACGACUGCCAGGCAAAUCAAACGUCUGAUUGAUGUGUACGCUCACGCUAUCCCUCGCCUCCAGACGAAGAAGCCACCCUCUCAUACGCUUUUUACGACUAUCGGAGAAAUGCAACAAUGCAUUCUCCCUGCCACAUCACAUGCGAGCCCUUCGGAAAGUCGAGAUAUGCUUAUGGCUACUGCGACACUUGUCCAAGACUUGCAUACUUGGGCCAGCGAUAGAUGCCGAGAAGAUGAAGCUGAAGCCACUCGUUGCAAGGUCACAUUGAUUGCGUUCCUCGAUGCUGUGGUGGAAGCAUGUGCCAAUACAACGUCUGCGUUAUUAUCUCAACGUAUCUUUGCCGCCCGCUUCCCGCGAUUGGUCGUACGUACAAUGACAGGCUCAGAAUGGAAACUCAAUGCGGACGCUUUGAGGGCUGUCGUGCGUACUUCUGAAUCCUUGGGAAGGACGGCGGCCAUAUUGUCAACCAUACCAUCUGUAGCGUGCCUGGUACUCUUUGUACAUUCCGACUGUCUAGAGACGUCCUCUUUGGAAACCUUGACGACCAUGCUUCCUGCGAUACUGGCUGCACUUCAGGCGAACGUCGCACUUGACGAAGCAUUGGCGCUCCUUCUUGUGGUCUUCUUUCCCACUAUCCCAAGUACAACAAUCGAUCCCUCUCCAGACGUCAUCAUUGCACUCUCUACGAUACUCCCGGCACUCUGCAGCAUACACCCAGAUGCGCCCACGCGACACCUAUCCUUCCGUCUCUUAGGGCAAGUGCUUCACAUGUCGCCACCGCCUCUGCGCCUACAAGUGCUGCGCGACCUCCUGGCACCAUCUGAAGAUGCCUUUCCUCAGAUGCGCGUUGCGGCUAUCGGACUAGUCAAGGACGCUGUCCUCGAGGGCUUGGAGCGUUCCGCCUCUGAACCCGAUCUCUUUGCUUCCCCGCUCAUGCUGGCGACAUUGGGUUCAUUCCUGCUACGGCCAGACCCCGUGGACCUAUUUCAAAGGAACCUAUCCGUGAGGGACUUUGUCGAAAUGGACGAGGCGAAGCGCCUGGUAGAAUGUUUGGCAUUCUAUUAUGUCUUGUUGUUACGCGAUGCCGAUAAUAAGACCGGCAUACGAGAUCGUCAUACUCUACAAGAGGUCGAGACUUCACUACUCACGCCUCUCAGGUGCGCAUUAAAAUCAUGGUUCGUUGAGGCAGGAAGUUAUAACGAUCCGCUCAGCUUGCUCCCACUGGCGGCUCUCGAAACCAAUAUCAAAAGAGUUGAUGAGGCCGUAGAGAAGGUGCACUCUUGA